CUGCUUUCAGUAAUAUUAAUCAUCUGUUAAACAAGAUAGAUGCUUGAUAAGAAGUAGGUAACAUUGUAUAAAGAUGUCUGCAAGGAUUUCUUUCGUCUAGUGUAAUCCUUGUCGUUUCUAGGUAUCUUUUCCCUAUAUAGAUAUGUUUCUUCAGAAUGUGCUGCAUACCUAUCAAGAUAAUCUUUUCAUCAGCAAUGCCCUUAUGAGAUCUGUGAUCAUCUGUCUUGUAGCUAUGCUCACCUCAGUCUUUGUAGCUUUUUGCUCAAAUUUGUAGACCAUACUGUCUCUUGGUACUCACAAGAGCUCUAUAACAGUUUAACCACUCUUGAAAAAGCUAACAAUGUAAUUAUAGAUUUGAGUAGUACAAUGACAAAGGUGAUCAGCUUGACAAUUGGACCCUAGAUCUGGUAGGAUACAGUAGCUGCACAGUAGCUUGAAAUAGGAUAGUCACAGUCUCCUACACAUUCACUGAACAGUACCUUCAAGUGCUUCCUAUACACUGUACUACAGGAUGAGUGAAGAUACAACAAAUAGUGGAAAGUGGAAGCAACGGGACAAACGUGUCCAGUCAGCAAAGCUCUGCAAGAAUGCUGAUACAUUGAAGAAACCUCAAGCAAGGAAGAGUAAGGACCUGGGUGCUGCUAGUCACCCAGUCCUGAUAGAGAGUACGGAUGACGAGGAUACAUCUGUUCAGGAGAUGGAUUCUGAGUCCGAUAAAAGCGAGGAUGAAGAAGAAUCUCUUCCACAACUAGGUACACUGAAGAAAACAGUACAGGCAAAGAGACUAAAGCUAAAGUAAGUGUCAAACUGUAUCAUGUUGUUCUAUAAACAAGUCCCUUGUGAUGCUAAUAGCUAUGCUGAGGAUGGAACCAAGUAUUUCCAGUGCUGCCAUCCUCAUACUAAUGGACUCUCUAAGAUUCUGAAGAUAAUGCAAGCAAUGUGUGGAAGCAAGACUGGUCUCAGGCAGCAUCUAGAAAGCUAUGGUGACAUGUUUUCAUUCUACAAUUUCUUCAGAGUAGUAACAGCUUUACACUUGCCUACUUCUGAAGAGAUAGACAUUGCAAAUCGAACAACAGUACUCACUCGAGAGGAGCUCAGGGAGAUUGUCAAGGACUUGCCUAAUACUAAUAAUAUUGUAGAGAUGUUUCAAAAGUAAGAGAACAAGAAAAUGGUACCCUGGGAGCAUGCAACCUUCAAGCGAUUCCUUGUGGAAUAGGUUGUUAAGACUGAUCAACCAUUUACUACUACAGAGGAUCCUACCUUCCAAAGGCUUUUGCAAUACAUUCACCAGGCUAGAAAUCUUUCUAUUCCAUUGAGUGACACAGUGAAGCAUAACAUUCA